AUGGAUUGUCUGCUGUGGCUCCCCCUAGACACUCAUGCCAGCCGCCGUCUGGCUGAUGAACCAGAUGCAAGUGUGGGACCCAGCCACCUGUUUCUAGAGGAGGAGAGGGAAGCCAGGAAAAAGAGGAGGAGCAAGAGAAAGGGCCAGAGCCAUACAGAGAGCAGCAGAGGUGAGGAAAGGAAGGGGAAGAAGAGUCGCGAAUUGGAAGAGGAGGAAGAGAAAGAGGAGUCGGGGGAGUCUUUGACGGCAUCCUCGUCGUCCUCCUCCCUCUCUCUGUCCCAGGGCAAGACAAAGAGACUCAGGGCAGAUUCCAGGAGCUCCAAGAUGUCCUCUAAUAACAGUGCUGCCAGAACACCAAUGACCUCGCAUCCCACACAUAGAAGAGAAUCAUUUGAGGAGAAGUAUGUGGAACAGAAUUGUCUUGGCCAAGGGGGCUACGGGUCAGUCUACGCUGGAUUCCGUAGAGAUGACAACUUGCCUGUGGCAGUCAAGCAUGUGCCCAUUGCUAAAGUGUUGCGCGCACCUGUGACUCUGGAUGGGAAGCUCUGCCAGUUCCCCCUGGAGGUGGUAUUAUUGUUGAUUGUUGGACAGGGUGGGGAUGUCAUAGGUGAGCAGGUCAGGCGUGAGGCCAGCAUUGGAGGAGGAGGGGGGAGUCAGGCAGCAGUUGCGCUCCUGGACUGGUAUGAGCUGGACCAGGAGCUGAUCAUGGUUCUGGAGAGGCCUGUACCCGCUGUAGACUUGUUUGACUACAUCCAGGAGAGAGGAGGAUUUCUCGCAGAGGAUCAAGCCAAGGUCAUUCUGAGGCAGCUAGUUGAAGCCUUGAUAGUAUUUCACUCGAGGGGUGUUGUCCACCGAGACAUUAAACCAGAGAACAUUCUGGUUGAGACCGGUUGUGCUUUUCCACAAAUUAGAGUUAUAGACUUCGGCUGUGGCUGCUUUUUGAAAGAUGGAUCCUACACAGAGUUCUUUGGUACCACUCAGUAUAUCCCUCCAGAAUGGUACCUCCAUGGUUCCUACAAGGCUGUUCCAUCCACCGUCUGGCAGCUGGGGGUCCUGAUGUAUGACAUUGUGUCUGGGGUAUUCCCCUUCAGCUCACACAGGGAGGUCAUCAGUGAUGAGCCCUACAUCAAGAGCCAUAUGUCCAGGCAAUGUAAGGACCUGCUGAGGAGGUGUUUGGCAAAGCGCCCCAAAGGCCGGCCCACUCUGGAGGGAAUUCUGCUCCACCCAUGGCUGCAGUAA